AAUCACGGCAAAGUAUAUUCUACGCAGCAGGAUGCAAGCAGCGGUGUGUACUAAACGUUUGAAGAACGUAGCGCGAGAGAUGCGAAAAGUGUUUUUUCCGCACAACCUGUGAGUAACUAGCCUGCGUUUUUUUUUUUUUUUUUCGCUCGCGUCUCGUUGGAUGCGUAAGGCGCUCAGCUGUAGUACGGAUACGUGACGGAAGAUGUUUUGCUAGUAAUGGCUUGCGCCACCGUAUUUUGACGCGAGACGGCGAACUGUCAUCCGUUCGGUUCGAACAAGACCGAUCCCCCGACGAAAAUUAACGGAAAAAACAAGCGGUUUACGAUGGGGACAGAACUUCCAACGUCCCACGUCGGAAUUGUUGCGAUUCUCUAAUCGACGCUGGGAUUAACGAAUCGAGGUGUAUUGCUUGAGAAACGCGAGAUCGUAACCAACGUUUCAUCAAAAUGGGAAAUUGUUUAAAGCGUGCUGGAGGCAGUCAACAAGAUAACACCACUUUGUUGAGUAACAAUCCCGAUCCUACGUUGGCUAUCGGUUCCUCGCAAGAAGGCCUUGGACCUCCAAUACUCACCAAUGAGGUGGUCCGUUUUUCUUAUCCAUCAAAUGUUCCAAGGAUGCACCAUGGCAUUGGUAUUGGUGUAACACUGGGACCAACCAGCGGACCUGGUACAUUGAGCGAAGAAGAGCAGCAAGUACUAGUCGCAAAACGUAUAGGACUUAUCCAACAUUUGCCUAUGCGUGAAUACGAUGGAACUAAAAAGGGAGAGUGUGUGAUAUGUAUGAUGGAGCUGGUGAUCGGAGAAGAAGUCCGUUAUUUACCCUGUAUGCAUACUUACCAUGCGCUUUGUAUCGAUGAUUGGUUGCUACGUUCGCUGACAUGCCCGUCGUGUAUGGAACCAGUAGAUGCAGCAUUGAUUAGCUCUUACCAUCCAACCACUUAACGUCGCAAAGAUGCAACUUGGUAUAGCUAAUCGGUAAUCAAACUAUACUAUCACGGUAAACAGAGCAACUGGAAAGAACCGUUAAUUUUACUAUCGCGUAUAAUGGCUUCCAACUAGUAAAGGGGCCUUCUCUUGUUAAUGGCCAAUUAUAUUUGCCAUUGUAUUCGACGUAUUCGCGCACGUGCUGAUUAAUAAUAAUACUUGUAUUAUAAAGAGUUGUAAAUGUUUCCUACAUAGGUCAUUCCCUCUUACAGGGUAAUGUUCUCCAUACGGAUCAUUGCAAACACAGUAUGGUGUAUUUACGGUCAGAAAAGCAAUCGCUAUAGUCGGUUAGUUUACUGCAAGAUCUGAAGUAUUUUUUUUUUUUUUUUCCAUACAGCUGAAAGAUGUUCUAUUUUACGCUCAAACAAACGGAGCAAUUGCAAGAUGUAAACAGCGUGUUGCUGAAGCUAUUUUAAGUUAAAUAAAUUAGUAUCUACUUGACUUUUGUUAUUUGGUCAAGUAGCAUUAGACAACUAUGCAUACACAUUGUGAAUAUUGUGAGCAAUAUGACGUACUACAAAAUAUCACGCUACGUACAUAUAUUUUGAACUAUAAUUGCAAUCGUUUCAUAUUUCCAGAUAGCUAAAAAAAAAAAAAACAUAUUUUUGGAUUAUAUCUUUCGACAUACAAAGUUAAUCUCAUUAUUUUUAAAUAUAAUAACUCUUAUUUCAAUAUAACGAUAUCGUGAAAUGCGUAGGUGAUCUUUUCCUCGAGAAUUGGAUAUGAUGUGGUUUAAAAACUAUA